AUGGAAUUUUCACUGCUCAACAAGGCCAACUUCGACAAGGAUUGUUUGUACACCGCCAACUCCGAGUUCUAUAGCAAUAGCGCCAAUGGAGGGCUGUCCGUGGCCAAUCACAUGAAUCACUACAACCUCAUGAUCGACUCCAGCUACAAGCUGUGCGCCAACGAGUCUGCGAUCCGCGGCUCCCUCAACCAGGAGUCGAGCUUGCUCUUUUCCAAAAUCACCACAGUCUCCGAAUUUUACCCGGCCACCCACAACAUUGGCUCCUACAACACGGACUUCCAUUUGAAGUCCUUUGGAGACGACGGCUUGAGCCUGACCGACAAAUCAAAACAGAGGCGGAUUCGUACCACUUUCACGUCCAACCAGCUGAACGAGCUGGAGAAGAUCUUCCUGGAAACCCACUACCCAGACAUCUACACCAGGGAAGAGAUCGCAUCCAAACUGCACUUGACGGAAGCCCGAGUUCAGGUGUGGUUCCAGAACAGAAGAGCAAAGUUCCGCAAGCAGGAGAGGCAUGCCAUUUACAUAAUGAAGGACAAGUCCAGCAAAAUGGAUGGCCGGAAGAAUCCUGCGGCAGGAUCGAAAUACCUGGGCCCAUCGCUCAAGGGACCCCAGAAUGGCCAUGCCCGUCAAAUGAAAUGCUUAUAUGAUCAAAUCUAG